GUGUACAUCCGUAUCGUGGACAACGAGUGGAAUGUCUACAGGCGCUACACAGAAUUCCGGGCACUCCACAACCACUUACGCUCACAAUUCCCGCAAGUCGACACCUUCAACUUCCCACCCAAGAAAGCCAUAGGGAACAAGGUAUGUACGGUCAGGAAAAUCGUUGCCUUUUUGAUUUAAUCAGGUUUUUACUAUUGGUCACCCUCCGUCAAUGUUGUUUUGAAUGACCUGUAGUCAAACUUAUUGAAUCUGAAUGUAUUGUUAAGUCAUAUUGUGGUCACUUGUCCAUCACUUGGAUUGACAUGCUUCGAUGUUAGCUACAGUAGCCUCUAGCCAACAUUACCUCCCUCUUUAUCUCAUGCCUUCCUCUCUACCUCUCUCUCCUUCCUCUCUCGCUCCCUCGCUCUCCCUCUCAGUUCCAGAGGAAGGGAGUCUUUUUAAGUCUCUGAGUAGAGGAGAGGGGGCUGUGGGUGCUUCUGUUACAGAAGUUGGAGAGUGACUUUGACAUGGAAUCACAAAGGAGUGCACUAUGCCUGGGGGCAGAGUUUAAAACUAGAGAGGGUAAGAGGUGUUUGGAGCUUUCAGUAAAGAUGCAGGGGGGAUAUAAAGACAGGAUUAUGGUGGUAAUUGAGUGUGUGUGUGUUUGGGUAGGUGAAUGUGUGAAUGCAUUUGUGAGGGUAGUGUGUGUGUGUGUGUGUGUGUGUGUGUGUACAUGGGUAGGUUUGUGUGUUUUUAAUCAGUAAGUCUGCUGAGCUGAAGUAUCUGUCAUGUUUCUUCUGAUUCCAUCCCUCUCUCCCUCCCUCUAUCCUCUCAGAAGGAACACUUUGUAGAGACAAGGCUUAGUUCUUGUCCCAACAGGUGAAGCGCUGGCAUAAAGCCCCCCCCACCCCCACCCCAUCUGAUCUCCUCUGACAGAGUUAUGCUGUUACUUGUCCUUUAACAACACUGUAGUCAAACAGAUCAGCUGUUCUCUUUAUAUCGCUCACAGGGGACGUAUGUUCAGUUCUCUCUUUUCACAGAACACAGCAUCGUUGCAGCAAGGGAAAGUUUGAUAUAUUCUAAAGUAGACUUUGAGCGACGCUGGGGCUCUGUUAGUUAGCUAAUGAUGGAGGAAUAUUACUGUGAUCAGUGAUCAUGAGGAGCCUCUCCAAACCCUUUUUAGUGUAGCAAAACAGGGUCCUCUGUGUGUAAGGUUGUUAGCUCUGGCUUGCCAAUGAGGAUAACCAUGAUGGGUCUGAGGCACAGUGUGUGUGUGUGUUCCUUCCUGUUUGCUAUGGAUGAAAGGAGAGAGCUGUCACAGGUGAUGGGGAAACAGGAAGGAACAGACAGACACACUGUGCCUCAGACCCAUCAUGGUUAUCCUCAUUGGCAAGCCAGAGCUAACAAACUUACACACGAGGACCCUGGCUCAUCAUGCCUGCUAAACACACACAGAGCACCUGAUCCUGAGAGAGAGCGAGAGCGAGACGCUGAGCUAAUCUUGUCAGUUGGCUAAAGCUACUGCAUGGGACUGUAUAGGAAUCGAAUCGUAGUACCACAGUACAUACAGGAUGUAUCUGCGUUAGCUUGCAGGAUCAGGUGUAUGGAUCAUGGAAUGGAAUACAGUUAGUGUUGUUUGAUGAAACUGUAAUAAAUCUCAGUUUUGUGAUAUGUGAAGCACCAUAACUGCAAGUGUACGUAAGAAUCCCGGCUCAAUGUAUUACCACGGCAACAGUAUCUGAGCAUCUCUCGGCGUCCUGCUGUAUCUGAGAAUCUCCUAACUGCAUUGACAUCGCAACACACACACACACACCCUGCCACCUGCCGCUGACAGCUCCUAAACAGCUGAUUUGUCAAGGGGUCGGUGGGCAAACACGCUAAAUGUUCCCGAGCGCGCCCGUCAAAUCAGUCCUGACGGCCAUGCCAUCGCCACGACUGCAUGAAGAAGAAUGAUGACAUCAAAGUCUGGGACUGUCUGCUCUGCACCCGCCGCCCAGAGUUUAACUGUCUGGGUGCCUCUCUGAUUCACAGAGAAUUCUUAUUGCUUUGGAGGUUUUCCCUCUCUAUAUUUCUCUCUUUCCAUCUUUCCCUCCUGUGUUCCUUUCAUUUGGAUCAAAUCACUCCAUUUUUCUGCUUCCUUCCCUGCUGGACUGCUUGGUAGAGGCAGUGUUAGGGGGUUCUACCAAAUCAGACAGCUGCUAGCUGUUUUUUAUAUAUAUAAGAUUGUUAAUAAUUAAUUAAUAUUUUAUGUUGUGUUCACAUAUAACAUGCGAUGUGCAUGUGUAACGCCUUUAAUUAUAACAAAGAGAGACAUUGUGGAGGUCUUGAACAUUCCUGAAUGACUUGCAAACUUUUAUGCAUUACUUGUGACAUAAUUUACCUUGUUAAGUAACCAUAUAGUUCACAUUUCUUUGUUUACGUUAUGCAUCUUCCACGCUAAAAACGGUGUGUUUGUCUCAUGGCUUGAUUGCAGAGAUGUUCACAAGUCUUUGAGGUAGAGUCCAAGUCAAGUCUCAAGUAUUUUAGGGCCAAGUCUAAGUCAAGUCUCAAGUCCCUUUUGGCAAUGGCUUUCUGCCUGCUGUGGGUUAGGUCUAUAAACCUUGUAAAUUAUUUGAAGAGACUCCCUUGUUCAUUAGUCCAUACUUGUAUGAAAGAAAGCAAAUUAGAAACUAUUUAAAUCAAAAUAGAUUUCCUUUUAAAAUGUAGACAGUUUACAUUAAUAAAAGUAAUUGUACCGGAUAUGAAAAAAAGCAAACCUAACAUUUGAAAGUGCAUGGUAUUUUGUGGCAGACAUUGUCUAUAUUUCACUUCAUUCUGUCACACAAACAGAAAAUCUGGAGGUGAGGGAAGAUAAAUGACAAGUAUAAAUGUAAACUAAAAUGACUGACAAUUGUUCAAUAACUGCACUACUAAAGUGUUCUAUAUCCCUAAAAUAUACUUACUGACCUGGACACUUAACAACAGAAACACAAUUUCCUGUAACAAGUAGCAAAUUACGUCCUGUGCCCUAAAACAGAGAACAUUUAUGUUGCAGACAGGUUACAUUUCAGAAAGAUCAAGUUUGUCAGCGUUCUUGCGCUGAGCCUGUCAUGAUGAGGGCACAUGAUGAGGCCUCCAUGACUAAACACUCUCUCCACUGGGACACUGGUGGCAGGCACAGCCAACACUGUCAUUGCUACCUGCUUGAGCCUUGGAAAGUAUUUUGCAUGGAUUCUCCAAAAAUCCAAGCGAUCAACUUCAUUUUCAUCAGAAGAUACUUGAAUGUGGCGAAUAAUCUCUGCUCUGACAGAUUACUUUGUCUCCUUUCUUCUUGCUGAUCUUGUUGCGGUAGCCAGAGAACAGUCUGGAGGUUUUGGCAGGUGGUUGUUCUUCUUCUUCUCCACUACUGCUCUCCGUAACGGUGACUUUCCGUGCCUCAGCCAAAACAAGGUCUGAAAGAAAUUCAUAAAAUGAUGUAUAUGAUCAAGAAUAUAACAGUAUACAUUAUACAUGGGGGAAAAAAACAUUAUUAUUUGAAUGCAAGUGACAUAGAAAACAUUGCAUGUUGUUGCAAUGCAUUGUACCUACCAAUCAGCCUCUCCUACAAUUCAGCUUUAUCUUCAUGUGGGAUGAGGACAUCAUGAUCAAGCCAGAACAGGCAGAAAGAUGGGUCCAGCAGUGCAGCCAUUAUGUAUACAUUGUCACCAAAUGGAAGUUUUGUUGCCUGUUCAUCCGAGUGCUCCAUUCUGACAUUCACAAACACCCUCUGGAAUCGGCAUUUGAGUGACUGCUGCAGUGCUUUUACUAGACUGACUAGGUGACGACUUGUGCUCAGUAUACUUUGCAGAUGAUAGUUGAGUGACAGUACACAAGGAAGGGCAGCACUGAGAGUCACCACUUUCUCCCCCUGAGUGAGGUCGGUGGCCUGGACAAAAGGGUCCAAAAUGUCCACUAGCUCCAACAGCUGGCUCCAUUCCCUUGGUGAUAAGCAGAGCUCCUUGUGUCCUUGGGCCUCAAGUAGAGUAUUGAGGCUUUGUUGAUUCAGAUUGGUGACUGCUUUAACAAGCCGGAGGAUGGAAUUCCAUCUGGUAGACACAGCAGCAUGGAUACUACGAUUGGCUCCGAACUCAGCUUCAAAUGCUUCUUUCAGACCACAGGUAGUAAGCUGCAAAGUUUAGUUACCUUAGCCAUCACACUGUUUAUGAUUUUUGUUUCCUUUAGUCCAUCUUUAAUCACCAGUUGUAAUGAAUGGGCAAAGCACUGUAAGCGCUAUUGCCUGCAGUUGGUUUGGAUAGCUUCAACAUCAGCAUUGUACUCUUCACCAAAUUCCUCCCAUAAGCUGGGGUUAUCCUCAUCAUCAUCAUCAUCAUCAUCAUCAUGAUCAUUGCUUGCUUUGGGGAAACAAACUGUGAAGGCCUUUUUCACCUUUGCAGUGUUAUCACAUAUGAUAUAAUCUAAUUUAUGUUUUAUGCCAAAAUUAUCACAUAUUACUUCAAAUGUAUCACUGAUUCUUUCUUUCCCCAGUGUUUGACCCUGUGAAUCUAUCACAGCUCAACAGAACUGACUCCAGUCUGGGAGUUUUUUUCUCUUCCAUGGUCAUGUAAUGGGCCGUUACUCCCAUGAAGCCCCUCAUGGUCCUGUCAGUCCAUAUAUCUACAGUGACAGACACGGAUUCUGUCUUCUCUAGGGCACUUUUGAUUAUAGCCUCUUUAUACAGUGUUAAGUCAUGCAGGCGCCUGGUCAACGUGGGCCUACUUACUGGUCUAUAUUUGUCAUCUACCACUGACAUGAAAUGCCUAAAGGGAGGGUUGUCCACUAAGGACAUAGGCAGGUUGCAGGAAAUGAUCAGGUCUUGCAGUAUAGCCUCUGUUAUGGCCUUCUGCCUGGGGUGGCCCUGGCUGUACACAUGGACACCUGUGGUGGUCAAUAAUGAGUCAAUGCUGCUCUGUCCCUGCGCUGGCCACCUUUGCAGAAUUCAGUGAACCUGCAGAUGAACAACAUGAUGUAUAGUUGUUGCUGACUUGAGAUGGAAGUACAAGGACACAAAUAAAUAUGGUCUAUGGUAUUUGUCAGCUUCCUGAGUGUGUACAUAUAAACAUGCACAUCCUCCAUAGUCUCUCUCCCCACAGAGAGAGAGAGAGAGCGAGAGAGAGAGAGGCUGAAAUGUCUUGAGUCAAUAAGUUGCAUGGACUCACUGUGUGAUAUAAUAGUGUUUAACAGUAUUUUUGAAUGACUACCUCAUCUCUGUACCCCACAUACAGUGGGGGAAAAAAGUAUUUAGUCAGCCACCAAUUGUGCAAGUUCUCCCACUUAAAAAGAUGAGAGAGGCCUGUCAUUUUCAUCAUAGGUACACGUCAACUAUGACAGACAAAUUGAGGAAAAAAAUUCCAGAAAAUCACAUUGUAGGAUUUUUAAUGAAUUUAUUUGCAAAUUAUGGUGGAAAAUAAGUAUUUGGUCACCUACAAACAAGCAAGAUUUCUGGCUCUCACAGACCUGUAACAACUUCUUUAAGAGGCUCCUCUGUCCUCCACUCGUUACCUGUAUUAAUGGCACCUGUUUGAACUUGUUAUCAGUAUAAAAGACACCUGUCCACAACCUCAAACAGUCACACUCCAAACUCCACUAUGGCCAAGACCAAAGAGCUGUCAAAGGACACCAGAAACAAAAUUGUAGACCUGCACCAGGCUGGGAAGACUGAAUCUGCAAUAGGUAAGCAGCUUGGUUUGAAGAAAUCAACUGUGGGAGCAAUUAUUAGGAAAUGGAAGACAUACAAGACCACUGAUAAUCUCCCUCGAUCUGGGGCUCCAGGCAAGAUCUCACCCUGUGGGGUCAAAAUGAUCACAAGAACGGUGAGCAAAAAUCCCAGAACCACACGGGGGGACCUAGUGAAUGACCUGCAGAGAGCUGGGACCAAAGUAACAAAGCCUACCAUCAGUAACACACUACGCCGCCAGGGACUCAAAUCCUGCAGUGCCAGACGUGUCCCCCUGCUUAAGCCAGUACAUGUCCAGGCCCGUCUGAAGUUUGCUAAAGUGCAUUUGGAUGAUCCAGAAGAGGAUUGGGAGAAUGUCAUAUGGUCAGAUGAAACCAAAAUAGAACUUUUUGGUAAAAACUCAACUCGUCGUGUUUGGAGGACAAAGAAUGCUGAGUUGCAUCCAAAGAACACCAUACCUACUGUGAAGCAUGGGGGUGGAAACAUCAUGCUUUGGGGCUGUUUUUCUGCAAAGGGACCAGGACGACUGAUCCGUGUAAAGGAAAGAAUGAAUGGGGCCAUGUAUCGUGAGAUUUUGAGUGAAAACCUCCUUCCAUCAGCAAGGGCAUUGAAGAUGAAACGUGGCUGGGUCUUUCAGCAUGACAAUGAUCCCAAACACACCGCCCGGGCAACGAAGGAGUGGCUUCGUAAGAAGCAUUUCAAGGUCCUGGAGUGGCCUAGCCAGUCUCCAGAUCUCAACCCCAUAGAAAAUCUUUGGAGGGAGUUGAAAGUCCGUGUUGCCCAGCGACAGCCCCAAAACAUCACUGCUCUAGAAGAGAUCUGCAUGGAGGAAUGGGCCAAAAUACCAGCAACAGUGUAUGAAAACCUUGUGAAGACUUACAGAAAACGUUUGACCUGUGUCAUUGCCAACAAAGGGUAUAUAACAAAGUAUUGAGAAUCUUUUGUUAUUGACCAAAUACUUAUUUUCCACCAUAAUUUGCAAAUAAAUUCAUUAAAAAUCCUACAAUGUGAUAUUCUGGAUUUUUAUUUCUCAUUUUGUCUGUCAUAGUUGACGUGUACCUAUGAUGAAAAUUACAGGCCUCUCUCAUCUUUUUAAGUGGGAGAACUUGCACAAUUGGUGGCUGACUAAAUACUUUUUUUCCCCACUGUAUAUAAUUAUUUGUAAGGUCCCUCAGUUGAGCAGUGAAAUUCAAACACAGAUUCAACCACAAAGACCAGGGAAUUUCAGUCUGCUUUUCAACAGACACUGGGAGAUGAAUACACCUUUCAGCAGGACAAUAACCUAAAACACAUCCAAAUAUACAUUGGAGUUGCUUACCAAGAUGACAUUCAAUGUUCCCAAGUGGCCGAGUUUAAGUUCUGACUUAAAUCUGUGGCAAGACUUGAAAAUGGUUGUCUAGCAAUGAUCAACAACCAAUUUGACAGAGCUUGAAGAAUGUUGAAAAUAAUAAUGGGCAAAUAUUAUACAAUCCAGGUGUACAAAGCUCUUCGAGACUUACGCAGAAAGACUCACAGCUGUAAUCGCUGCCAAAUGUGAUUCUAACAUGUAUUGACUCGGAUGUGUGAAUACUUCAAGUUAAUUAGAUAUUAGUGUAUUUCAUUUUCAGUAAAUGUGCAAACAUUUCUAAAAACAUGUUUUCACUUUGUCAGUAUGGGGUAUUGUGUGUAGAUCGGUGAGAUUUUUUAAAAUAUUUAACCCAUUUAGAAUUCAGGCUGUAACACAACAAAAUGUGGAAUAAGUCUAGGGGUAUAUAAAAAAAUAUAUAUAAUGUAUGCACUCACUAACUUUAAGUCGCUCUGGAUAAGAGCGUCUGCUAAAUGACUAAAAUGUAAAAUGUAUGAAUACUUUCUGAAGGCACUGUAUAGGAAACAACUGCAGUCUUAACUGUGCUCACUCUUUCUCUCUCUCUCUCUCUCUCGCUCUCCCCCUCCCUAUGUACAGUAUUAACAUCUCCCUCUCGUCUGUCUUCUCCCAUCCUCAGGAUGCCAAGUUUGUAGAGGAGCGUAGGAAACAGCUGCAGUCGUACCUGAGGAUGGUGUUGAACAAGCUGAUCCAGACCCUGCCAGAGUUCUCUGCUAAACCCACCAAGGAGACCCUGCUGCAGCUGCUGCCCUUCUGCCUGUGAGUGACAGUCUGUCACAUUGUCUGUGUGUGUGUGUGUGGGUACGCGCUUCAGCGUGUGCAUCGGAGUUUGAAUUGUCAGAUGGGGAAAACACAUAUUUUACCAAGUGCUUCCUAAUAAUAUAUUGCCUGACACAUCUGAGUGCUAUAGAUAAUGCUAGUUGUUCAGUGUACACCUUCAAAGUGGCUUGUUGUGCCAGCCCAGUUAUAGCAUCCAGUCAUUUACUGCAUUAUUCACAUCACGUCCCACACCAGUUGAGGCUGUGACCUCACAGUGAGCGCGACCAAUCACAGAUCCCGACAAGUGGAGAGGGGAAGAGAGAAGGAAGAAGGAGAGAGAGAUGAAAACCCGAUUCGUCUCAAGCUGCACUUGUCAUCACUCCUCUCUUUGGAGAUGACUCAGUCUCACCUCACCCCAAAAGUGUCCCCUUAGUUUCAGCAGUCAGCACAUUCUGCCCAAAAUGGCACACAGAAAACACAGAGCUCUAGUCUCAAGUUCUGGGGCCUCAUUUAUCAAUAUUGCAUAGAAACUAUUCUAAAAUACUACAUACGAACGGAAUUUAGAAUGUUGUAGAAUAAGUGUGAUUUAUCAAACAAUCCUAUGAGCGUCAUAUGCACACCGGUAGGAGAUAACCUCUCCAUCCCAGCCCCCUCCUAACCAGGGGCCCGUUAACAACAUGGCAGCCACACUAGGAAUCGCUCAGUCAUUCAUAAAAGAGAGGUCACCAUUUUGGAUGGGUCAUCAAUGGCUGAGACAGCUCUAUCGUCAAUGUAGAUAUCAGAGGAUAGAUCAACUCAGCUCUUUAUUUGAUCUCCGUUUUAGAAUCUCGGUGUUCUGACUAUCAGCUGCCAGAACAGGAAAUUAGAUUAUUGUUGGGAUCUGUGAUUGGUCGCGCUCACUGAGAGGGUCACGCUCACUGAGAGGUCACAGCCUCAACUGGUGUGGGACAUGGUGUGAAUGAUGCAGUAAAUGACUGGAUGCUAUAACUGGGCUGGCACAACAAGCCACUUUGAAGGUGUACACUGAACAACUAGCAUUAUCUAUAGCACUCAGAUUUAUACUGUUAGCACUGAGCCGGUGUGCCCUAGGAGGAAGUCCACUGUGUGCAGCUCACCCUGCACUAACAUAAAGAACAUGAGCACAUCUACUGCUGCUAAGCUUCCCAGUAAAGCAAUAAAAACAAGUAAGCAUCCCAGAAGAAAAGUACUCAAAAUAGCCCACGUUAACAUAUGUAGCUUAAGAAACAAGGUUCAUGAAAUCAAUAAUUUGCUAGUAACAGAUGCCAUUCAUAUUCUGACUAUCUCUGAAACGCACUUAGAUAAUACCUUUGAUAAUACAGUGGUAGCAAUACAAGGUUAUAACAUUUACAGAAAAUAUAGAAAUGCCAAUGGUGGAGGUGUUGCUGUUUAUAUUCAGAACCACAUUCCUGUGAAGAUUAGAGGAUCUCAUGUUAAAUACUGUUGAAGUAAUAUGGCUACAGGUUCAUCUGCCUCACCUAAAGCCCAUUCUGGUGGGAAUCUGCGAUAGACCACCAAGUGCUAACAGUCAGUAUCUGGAUAAUGUGUGUGAUAUCAAUAGAGAGGUAUACUUUCUGGGUGAUUUUAAAUAUUGACUGGCUUUCAUCAGGCUGCCCACUCAAGAGAAAGCUUCAAACUGUAACCAGUGCCUGCAACCUGGUUCAGGUUAUCAGUCAACCUACCAGGGUAGUUACAAACAGUACAGGAAUUAAAUCAUCAUGUAUUGAUCAUAUCUUGACUAAUGCUGCAGAGAUUUGUUUGAAAGUAGUAUCCAAAUCCAUUGGAUGUAGUGAUCACAAUAUAGUAGCCAUAUCUAGGAAAACCAAAGUUCCAAAGGCUGGGCCUAAUUAUUGUGUAUAAGAGGUCAUACAAUAAGUUUUGUAGUGAUUCCUAUGUAAAGAAUAUAUGUUGGUUGGUGGUGUGUAAUGAGGAGCAAACAGACACUGCACUUGACACAUUUAUGAAAUUGCUUAUUCCAGUUACUAAUAAGCAUGCACCCAUGAAGAAAAUGACUGUAAAAACGAUUAAAUCCCUGUUGUUUGAUGAGGAAUUGAAAAAUGGUAUGGUUGAGAGGGAUGAGGCAAAAGAAAUGGCAAAUAAGUCUGGCUGCACAACCGAUUGGCAAACAUAUUGCAAAUUGAGAAAUCAUGUGACUAAACUGAAUAAAAAGAAGAAGAAACUACACUAUGAAACAAAGAUAAAUGACAUAAAGAAUGAUAGUAAAAAGCUUUGGAGCACCUUAAAUGACAUUUUAGGGAAAAGGCAAACUCAGCUCCAUCAUUUAUUGAAUCAGAUGGCUCAUUCAUCACAAAACCAACUGAUAUUGCCAACUACUUUAAUGAUAUUUCCAUUGGCAAGAUAAGCAAACUUAGGCAUGACAUGCCAGCAACAAUUGCUGACACUACACAUCCAAGUAUAUCUCACCAAAUGAUGAAAGACAAGCAUUGUAAUUUUAAAUUCCGUAAAGUGAGUGUGGAAGAGGUGAAACAAUUAUUGUUGUCUAUCAACAAUGACAAGCCACCGGGGUCUGACAACUUGGAUGGAAAAUUACUGAGGAUAAUAGCGGACGAUAUUGCCACUCCUAUUUGCCAUAUUUUCAAUUUAAGGCUACUAGAAUGUGUGUGCCCCCAGGCUUGGAGGGAAGCAAAAGUCAUUCCGCUACCUAAAAAUAGUAAAGCCCCCUUUACUGGCUCAAACAGCCAACCAAUUAACCUGUUACCAACCCUUAGUAAACUAUUGGAAAAAAUUGUGUUUGACCAAAUACAAUGCUAUUUUACAGUAAACUAAUUGACAACAUGCUUAUAGAGAAGGACAUUCAACAAGCACAGCACUUACACAAAUGACUGAUGAUUGGCUGAGAGAAAUUGAUGAUAAAAAGAUUGGGGGGGCUGUUUUGUUACACUUCAGUGCGGCUUUUGACAUUAUCAAUCAUAGUCUGCUGCUGGAAAAACUGAUGUGUUAUGGCUUUACUCCACCUGCUAUAUUGUGGAUACAGAGAUACCUGUCUAACAGAACACAGAGGGUGUUCUUUAAUGGAAGCCUCUCCAACAUAAUCCAGGUAGAAUCAGGAAUACCCCAGGGCAGCUGUCUAGGCCCAUUUACUUUUUUCAAUCUUUACUAAUGACAUGCCACUGGCUUUGAGUAAAGCCAGAGUGUCUAUGUAUGCGGAUGACUCAACACUAUACAUGUCAGCUACUACAGCGACUGAAAUGACUGCAACACUUAAAGUGGGAGGCAAGGAAUAAGUUAGUCCUAAAUAUUUCUAAAACUAAAAGCAUUGUAUUUGGGACAUAUCAUUCACUAAAACCUAAACCUCAACUAAAUCUUGUAAUAAAUAAUGUGGAAAUUGAGAAAGUUGAGGUGACUAAACUGCUUGGAAUAACCCUGGAUUGUAAACUGUCAUGGUCAAAACAUAUUGAUACAACAGUAUCUAAGAUGGGGAGAAGUAUGUCCAUAAUAAAGCCUUCUUAACAGCACUAUCAACAAGGCAGGUCCUACAGGCCCUAGUUUUGUCACACCUGGACUACUGUUCAGUCGUGUGGUCAGGUGCCACAAAAAAGGACUUAGGAAAAUUGCAAUUGGCUCAGAACAGGGCAGCACGGCUGGCCCUUGGAUGUACACAGAGAGCUAAUAUUAAUAAUAUCCAUGUCAAUCUCUCCUGGCUCAAAAUGGAGGAGAGAUUGACUUCAUCACUACUUGUAUUUAUGAGAGGUAUUGACAUGUUGAAUGCACCGAGCUGUCUGUUUGAUCUACUGGCGCACAGCUCGGUCACCCAUGCAUACCCCACAAGACAUGCCACCAGAGGAAUCUUCACAGUCCCCAUGUCCAGAACAGACUAUGGGAGGCGCACAGUACUACAUAGAGUAUGCGGAGACCAGUGUACCUCCACUGUACUCAUAUCCUUCCAUAUCCUUGUCUGUACAUAAUGCCCUGAAUCUAUUCUACAACACCCGGAAAUCUGCCCCUUUUAUUCUCUGUACCCAACGCACUAGAAGACCAGUUCUUAAAGCAUUUAGCCGUAUCCUUAUUCUAUUCCUCCUCUGUUCCUCUGGUGAUGUAUAGGUUAACCCAGGCCCUUUAGCCCCCAGUAUCACUCCUACUCCCCAGGUGGUAUCAUUUGUUGACUUCUGUAACUGUAAAAGCCUUGGAUUCUUGCAUGUCAACAUCAGAAGCCUCCUCCCCAAGUUUGAGUUAUUCACUGCGUUAGCACACUGCCAACCCUGAUGUUCUAGCAGUGUCUGAAUCCUAGCUUAGGAAGGCCACCAAAAAUUCAGAACUUUCCAUUCCGAAUUACAGCAUUUCCCGUCUAGAUAGAACUGCCAAAGGGGGUGGAGUUGCAAUCUACUGUAGAGAGAGCCUGCAGAGCUCUAUCAUACUAUCCAGGUCUGUGCCCAAACAGUUUGAGCUUCCAGAAAUAAGUCUCUCACUGUUGCCGCUUGCUACAGACCCCCCUCAGCCCCCAGUUGUGCCCUGGACACCAUAUGUGAAUUGCUUGCCCCCCAUCUAUCCUCUGAGUUCGUACUGCUUGGUGACCUAAACUGGGAUAUGCUUAACACCCCGGCCGUCCUACAAUCUAAACUAGAUGCCCUCAAUCUCACACAAAUUAUAAAAUGGCAUGUUAUAAUUAUCAAGGAACCUACCAGGUACAACCCUAAAUCCGUAAACAUGGGCACCCUCAUAGAUAUCAUCCUGACUAAUUUACCCUCUAAUACACCUCCGCUGUCUUCAACCAGGAUCUCAGCGAUCACUGCCUCAUUGCCUGCAUCUGUAAUGGGUCUGCGGUCAAACGACCACCCCUCAUCACUGUCAAACGCUCCCUAAAACACUUCAGCGAGCAGGCCUUUCUAAUUGACCUGGCCCGGGUAUCCUGGAUGGAUAUUGACCUCAUUCCGUCAGUAGAGGAUGCCUGGAUGUUCUUCAAAAGUGCUUUCCUCUCCAUCUUAAAUAAGCAUGCCCCAUUCAAAAAAUUCAGAACUAAGAACAGAUAUAGCCCCUGGUUCACCCCAGACUUGACUGCCCUUGACCAGCACAAAAACAUCCUGUGGAGUACUGCAUUAGCAUCGAACAGCCCCCGCGAUAUGCAACUUUUCAGGGAAGUCAGGAACCAAUAUACACAAUCAGUUAGGAAAGCAAAGGCUAGCUUUUUCAAACAGAAAUUUGCAUCCUGUAGCACUAACUCCAAAAAGUUUUGGGACACUGUAAAGUCCAUGGACAAAAAGAGCACCUCCUCCCAGCUACCCACUGCACUGAGGCUAGGAAACACUGUCACCACCGAUAAAUCUACGAUAAUCGAGAAUUUCAAUAAGCAUUUUGCUACGGCUGGCCAUGCUUUCCACCUGGCUACCCCUACCCCGGCCACCAGCUCUGCACCCUCCGCUGCAACCUGGUUAAAUAAAGGUAAAAUAAAAAUAAAAAUCCUUCUUUAACCUGUCUCCUCCCCUUCAUCUACACUGAUUUAAAGUGGAUUUAACAAGUGACAUCAAUAAGGGAUCAUAGCUGCAUUACUAACCUCUGGUUACCUUUGCUGACCUCUUGACCUUUUGUCUCCUCCCAGGGACACUCCAGUGGCCAGCAGUAAGACGGCCCAGUCCAGAUCCUCGUCAAGCUUCCCCAUACUUGGGCGCAGCCACAACCAGGAGGGCCGCAACCUAGAGCCCCAGAGCGGCGACCUCUAA